AUGGUUGCAGCCCAAUGCCCGGCAAAUUCCGGUGAUGUUGCCGCUCCGAAGAACUUGAAAUUUACUCUACAUUCCGGGCCACGAUGGAAAGUAUCGCUGCCACUGUCACUUUGCCUGACCGUAGGGACACUCUCGCGGAAGGGCCCAGUACGAACGUAUGCCGGACUGACGCCAUUAGUUGCAGGCAUUGGCUGGGCCCUCACCAUCCAUAUCAUCGAGCGGAUGUUGGUCCAGACGCUGCGCGGGGCCCAAACGUUGCUAUAUCUGAUUUUCUCGUUGCGGUGGAAGUUGGACUGGGCCAUUGAUUGCGAGCAUUCCUACAACACGCGUCUUUGCAACCCGUUCAACGACAAAAACGCGACGCACGCCGAAUACCACCACUAUCCCGACAAUUUCUGGCCCGCCCAGGAGUUUAAUAGGUAUCUAAUCCGUGGAAAUCCGAUCGACAACAACAACCUGUCAAACGUUUGGGAGCCGAAUGAGUGGUACUUUGGCAGAAGCUAUGAAAAAUUCUUCCUCACUCUCCCCUCCCUACCACUAAUGCUUGCCAAUGGAGUCAUAUGGGUGUUGAUCUACGCCCUAGUCGUUCGAUUCCCUCAAGACCUCAACAAAUUCUUGACCCGAUUUUGCAUCGUGCUGCCGGUGAUACUGUAUUUUGUCGUGCUAUCAGGCACUGCGCUCGGCGGAAUCUCGUACCAAAGCACCGAGGAGGCGGUCCCCCGAGAGGAGGUGGAGAAGGUGCCGCUCGAUUUUUGGACUGAUUUAAAGGGAUUCUACCGUAGCACCAUCGCGGCCGUUGAUUAUUCGACGGCUUUUACCGGGAUCGGGCUGUUGGUGGUCAGUCGACUGGACCCGGGGUCGCCGCCAGUGUUGGCAUGGAUUCUUGUGCCUUUAAUGAUGAUCGUCCCCACGAUGCUCUCGUUGUUGGUGGCCGGUUGUGAGGGACAUAUCUCAAAGUUGCAGCCGGCUUAUAAGACUUAUGGAUCGAUUGACGAGACCUACUCGUUCGACGUGAUCCCUGUCUGCCUGGCCACCAGCACAUUCGGAUCCGGGCUAGCCGUCCUCUUCUACCUCGCCCACCUCUUCUACGCCUCGAUCGGCCCAUUGAUCAUCUACACCCUAUUCCUGCACUCGGCCUUCUCGGAGCAGUUCGUCAUUCUCGAGUCGCAUCUGCAAUCGUAUUAUGGGCUAUUCAUGGCGCUGACUACUGGAUUUGCAGCGAUACUUUUUAUGCCGCUCGGCACGAAAAUCGCCGCUUUCUUUGAUUACGCCAGCCAAUCCUCGAUCGUCCACCUAAUAAUUUACGCUACAAUAUUCUUUGUAUACGGCUGGCAAACGUUGGAGACAGAUAUUUCACUGGUGGCUGUUGAGACCACGAGCGGAUCGAUGUGGAGGUAUUUCCUCGGUCCAACCAGCCCCAUCUACACGAUGCUCCUCUUCACCGUAGUACCGAUGUUUUUAUGUACAAAAGGCGUGGCCGUCUACGAUCUGCUAAUAGGCGGGAAUGACGUGUUAAAGCACAUCGACGCGGGUACCCAGUUUAUUACAGCUCCCCUCUUCAUCCGGCGCAUCUGCGGCUACGGUAUCAUGCUGGCGCCGCUGCUGGUAAUUCUGGCGUUUGCGGCUCAUGCCAUGUUGAGCGCGAAGAUCCGCUCGUUAUCCCUAGGCCAAGCAUUGAAGCCGUCUUCAGAUUGGUUGAGCCACCAGGUUAUGCAGCAUCGUCCAAAACCGUACUCCCUCGCCUACACGAUCUUCAACAACAUCCGCGGGCCCACCUAUAGGACGUAUUUGCUGGUGAUUCUGAUUUUGGAGCUCUUCUUCUUCCUCGUGCUGGCUUGUCUGCUGUUCGGGCAGUUGUAUCAAGUGUGGACUGGGACGAUGUUGGGGAGUGCGAAUUACAGGACGAUAGUCCUCCUCUUGCUCCUCUCCCUCCACGCCAUCGCUCUAAUCGAAAUGAGAGCCGCGUACAAUUUCUGGGACGACCCGGCGAGGUUGACCGUCUACAUCGCCGUCGCCACGCUACAGAUGGCGUUUCUUAAUGGGUACAUGUGGAUGCUGGCGUUCAACCACUCGUGGGGCGGCGACCUCAGCUCGACGGGGCCGAUAUUUUUAUUGGUUGUGAAUACGGCUUUUCGCUCCGCCUGCAUCUGUGCCGCCAUCGCCGUCCGCGCCCACAUCCGCGAAGCCGCACGACCGUCACGCGUACGCGACGCCACGGAGAUCUACGCAUCGGACGGUCCCCCGGAAGUGGAAAUGGACGCCGAGGACGAUCUGCCAAUUUUCACGCGAGCCCCGAGCCUA